AAUGAAAGCAGGUAGCUAUGAGCUACGCACUGAGUGUCUGUCCGUGUCUGGAGGUGUGUUAAAGACAUAUCUGCUGUAACUGUCGGUGUGUUUCUGAUCGGACCUGUGCGGCGGACCUGACCUGACGCUGAUUAAACCACACCGAGGAGUCUGGUCAGGCCGGAGCCGAGCGUUUGGCUGGGUUCGACUAUGGCUCUGUCAUUCCUUCUGGUCUUGGCUGCAACUGUGAUUCUUAUCCGACCAGAGACACCUGUAACUAAGGCUUUACAUCAGAACUCACUUGAGUGCUGUGGCGAGAAACAGAGAGUGAAUAUUUCAUGUUCAAAUGACACCCACUGUGAGCCAGGAUGCUUCCUGCGUGUCCUUGAGAACAGCAACACUGUUUGCAUAUUCUGUGACUCAGCAGCUGUGGAUCUGGAGAACAUAACAAUCUGCACCUACAACUACACAGUGGAGAGGAAAAAUCACACGACCGUAACUACUGUCAUUCCUAAAAUUGGAGGGCCAGGUGUGGCAGCCUCUCUUCUUUUGGGAACACUGUUGAUCAGCCUGUUCCUGAUCCUCUCUGUCGCCUCCUUUUUCUACCUCAAACGCUCCAACCGACUCCCGAGCAUCUUCUACCGCCGCAACAAGGCCUUCAUAUUCCAACCAAGUGAGACAGCUGUCAUGAUUCCCUCCUCGACAGUGAGGAAGCCAAGAUAUGUCAGGAGGGAGCGGCCCUCUGCGACAUCAACACUGAACAGUGCUACCGUGCCCACCACAACCGCCACCCAAGACUAUAAUGUGUAGGAGGAGGAGGCGGUAGAGGAGGGGGGGUGGGAGUGGGAGGUGGUGCAGGUAGGAGAGAGAACGCUCAGGAAAGAUUUUUAUUAUCAUGUGAAGGUUCAGCAGCAUUGUGAAGAAAGACCAGUUGACUCGUACGUAAGCGGCCAUAUUUAACUGUAGCUGCUUCUGCUGCUCUCUUGUCACUAGGGCAGUGACUUUUUCUCUGUUUAAUGUCAAAAAAGUAUCCAGUAACUGACCCAUCAAAGUCUCUGAUAUUACAUUUGAGUUUACCACACGACAACGUAAUCAGCACAGGGAAAAUAGUUUCAGUAUUUCUCUGUAAAUUUGAAUCACAGGUUGGUUUUGUAUUUUACUCCCUCUCACGCAGCACUUCAGGUUCUGUCCUUUUGUUCUUUUAAGUCGAAACACUGUUAGUGGACUGUUUUUAACUGCUGUUUGAUGGUGUGUGUGUUUAGUUGAGAUGACUUGAAGUGAUGGGUUUCAUGAAUGUGUGAACCUGUCGGGUAAAAAAAGGAAUAGUUUGACAAUAAGGGGAAAUUAACAAUUAUUAUAAUAAUAUACAUAAUAUAAUAACUAUAAAUACACGUUUUACUUCUUUUAAUCUGUAUAAAAAUUGAAGUGGAAAAAACACAAUUCCUCAUUGUACGGACUGCAUUGUUCCAGAAAACUACCAUUUUUCCACUUUGGGUUGUUUUUGGCUUAAAGGGACAGUUCAACCAAAAAAUCAAAAAUAUAUAUUUUCCCUCUCACCUGUACUAUUUAUCAAUCUAGAUUGUUUUGGUGUGAGCUGUGGAGUGCUGGAGAUAUCGGCGGUAGAGAUGUCUGCCUUCAAUAUAAUGGAAUUAGAUGACACUCAGCUUGUGGUGCUCAAGGCGCCAAAAAGAAAUAUGUUGGAAAAACUCAACAUCAGUGUCUCUCUCCAGAAAUCAUGACCCACUUACUCAAGAUAAUUCACAGACCUUGUUGUGAGCAGUUUCGUGUAGGAACUCUUUCCUUUUACCUAACUACACCCUUUAACUGCAUCACUGCGCAGAAGGAAGUGUGCAUCUACUACUAGCUCACCUAGCACCUCUGAGCUAGCUAACGUUAAUGUUCACACCACACACUGUCACAAGUACGAGUCUCUCGUCCAUGAGUAGAUGCACGCUUCCUUCUGCAUAGUGAUAUCAAACCCUCAGGAACAGCUCCAGGCUUUGAGGCCAAUUUAACAUAGUGGCCAAACCAUGGAAUUACAACUUCGGGAUCCAUCACGUGAUGCCAUUGGGCCGAAAAAGAUUUUGUCCCUUACAUAUGUUGGAGAAGAGAUGCCUGCAAAUCAGUGGAUACAUUUGGAGUGGAAUGAACGAGGCGCCACCUUUAGCACUGUAUCCAGUUCUCAUGCAUUUUUUAUUUGGGGGUGAACUGUCUCUUUAAACAAACAAGGCCUAACAUGAUAAUUAAUGAGCUGCUUGCAGAUUUAUUUUUAUUUCAUACUUGAACAGAGCGCUGUGCUGAGCUAAGUUAACCAGCUGCUUGCUGUAGCCUUACUAACCAUCUUCUCAUAUACUGUAACUCUCUGCAAGAAAGCAAAUGAGUGCAUUUCCCAAAAUGUUAAACUAUUCCUUUAAAGCAAAGAUUAAUAGAGCCAGAGACCAAGUUGAGUGACAGUAAUAUUUUUUGGACAAAGAGACGGCCCAGUGACCUUCGAUAGAAAUCUGUGUUUGCUAAUUAGUUUUUUUUAGACAUGUGAUAUUUAUUUGCAUUUUCUGACUGUGCACUGAGUUCUACUGAUUAAAAUCAGACCAACAGAAUAAAUGAUGUGUUUAGUAGCAUUUAGAGUUCUUCUGGUAGAGUGGGACUUGUAGGCGCUGUCUGGAUGAUUAUUUGCUCUUUGUGUUUUUAUUAUUGCAUUUGUAUUUAUUAUUUUUGUGAGCUUAACCAAGGUGAAUGUAUUACAUGUGUAAAACAAGUCAUGCGCCUUGAAACUGCAUUCCAGGACAGACCCAGGCGAACAUGAAGGAGGUGAAGUCAUAUUUUUUGUCAUACGGAGCUCUAUGCUCCUCCAAAUCAUGUUUGAAUACAAAUUUGUUCCAUGACUUAGAUCUAAAUUCGAACAUGUCGCUCUCACAAAACAUAAACUCACUGUAACCUCGUGCACUUUAUUCGUCUGAGGUCGUCAGCUGAUGUUGGACCCUAAUUUUUAAAAGAAAUACCCAAACAACUUUUUGCCAUCAAGUGUGAUUGAUUUUUUUCGUAUAGAUGGCAACAUCAUAGUUGCAUUGUGAAAUUUACUUGACUACUCUUAACUUUUGCCAAAUGUCGUCUGAAGAAAAUGGCGUCUACUGUGUGCCAUUACUGUGAUUACUGUGCCAUUGUGAGCUUUAAACGCAGCCAGGAAACAUUUAACCAUGAUGCGACGAAUAACAGAAUUAUAUUAUUAUCCAGUGGCCUUUACUGUACACAGUCCUAACACAAGGCUAGAUAUCCAAGCUUUAUUUGCUACAUGGUAUUUAAUGACAUUUAGUUUUAUAUCUCGACAACACUAAGGUUCUCAAAAGUCCUCGCCGUCUUCAGUAAAUGUGAAGCAACAUGAAGUGAACCAGAUAAAAAGGCAGCAAUCAUUCCAUGAAUAUUCCCCUCUUUUGCUUAACGUGUUUGUUGUUGUACAGACGACCACAAGCUGAGAACGUGUACAUAUUGUUUUAUACAAAUGAUGUAUUGUUUUUGUAAUGAUGUACAUAUUCUACUUUCAGUGCCAUGAUGAAGAAUGUUCUGAGGAUGUGUGUGAGGUUUGGAGAAAUAAAGCACCU